UCGGACGCCAUCGAAAUUCUGAUUUCUGGACGCCAUUACCUACUUAAGCUUGUAGGCAAUAAGGGUUGGCUGCGUUGUAUUUUUAUUCAACAAUUUUCAUUUCGAUACGUGGAAGUUCUUGCAUCAAGAAAUUAGAAUUGUUUCGGAGAAUUAAAAAUGACAGACGAUAAAACAGAAUUUGAUUGGGGAAAUGAAAAAUUACAACGUGCUCAAAAAACUGUAGAUGAAUCUUCUUAUGAUUUGGAAGCAUGGAGCAUCCUUAUCAGAGAAGCGCAAAACAGACCUAUCGUAGAAGUAAGGCCAGUUUUUGAAAAACUUGUGUCUGUGUUUCCUUCUGCGGGCCGGUAUUGGAAAAUUUAUAUAGAACAAGAGAUGAAAAUGCGCAACUUUGAAAAGGUGGAAAAGCUUUUCCAAAGGUGCCUUAUGAAAAUCUUAAAUAUUGAGUUGUGGAAACUUUACCUUUCUUACGUGAAAGAAACAAAAGCCAGUCUUGCAACAUACAAGGAAAAAAUGGCACAAGCAUAUGACUUUGCACUGGAUAAAAUAGGUAUGGAUAUCCAUUCCUAUAGUAUAUGGAAUGAUUAUGUUACAUUCCUUAAAAGUGUGGAAGCUGUUGGUUCAUAUGCUGAGAACCAAAAAAUUAGUGCAGUGAGGAAGGUGUAUCAACGAGGUGUAGUUAACCCUAUGAUAAAUAUGGAACAAUUAUGGAAAGAUUAUAUGGCUUUUGAACAAAAUAUUAAUCCAAUAAUUGCGGAUAAAAUGGCUAUUGAACGUUCUAGAGAUUAUAUGAACGCAAGACGAGUUGCCAAAGAAUUAGAAGCUGUAACAAGAGGAUUGAACCGAAGUGCUCCUAGUGUACCUCCAACCGGUCAUCCAGAAGAAGUUAAACAGGUUGAAUUGUGGAAGAAAUAUAUUGCAUGGGAACGUAGUAACCCUUUAAGAACUGAAGAUACUUCUUUAGUUGCUCGCAGAGUAAUGUUUGCUAUAGAACAGUGUUUAUUAUGUUUGGGUCAUCAUCCUGCAGUGUGGCAUCAAGCUGCACAUUUUUUAGAACUUAGCUCAAAAAUAUUGACAGAAAAAGGAGAUGUAAAUGCCGCAAAAAAUUUAAGCGAUGAAGCAGCAACAAUGUUUGAAAGAGCAACAAGUACAUUGUUGUCCAAAAAUAUGUUAUUAUACUUUGCGCAUGCCGAUUUUGAAGAAGGAAGAGUAAAAUAUGAAAAAGUUCAUCAAAUAUAUCAAAAGUUCCUUGAUAUACCUGACAUUGACCCUACACUAGCGUAUGUACAAUACAUGAAAUUCGCAAGACGCGCUGAAGGUAUAAAAUCGGCUAGAACGGUUUUUAAAAGAGCUCGCGAAGACCCAAGAUGUAAACAUCAUGUAUAUGUUGCUGCUGCAUUAAUGGAAUAUUAUUGCACGAAGGAUAAAAAUAUUGCUUUUCGGAUAUUCGAAUUAGGUUUAAAGAAAUUUGGGGACAAUCCUGACUAUAUACUUUGUUAUAUUGACUACUUGUCACAUUUGAAUGAGGACAAUAAUACAAGAGUUUUAUUCGAGAGAGUUUUAUCAUCUGGUAGUUUAGAACCUGAAAAAUCAGUCGAUAUAUGGAACCGAUUUUUAGAAUUUGAAUCUAAUAUUGGAGAUCUAGCAAGUAUUGUAAAAGUUGAAAAACGACGUAGUGCUGUAUUAGAAAAGAUCAAAGAAUUCGAAGGUAAGGAAACAGCACAAUUAGUAGAUAGAUAUAAAUUCUUGGAUCUAUAUCCAUGUACUCCUAUGGAGUUACGGUCCAUUGGAUAUAUGGAAGUAUCCAGCGUUGGAAGAAGUACAGUUGGCGCAUUACCACGAAUACCAGAUCCAGAGGAAGCUAUAGCAUCAUUGCCAAGACCUGAUAUAUCACAAAUGAUACCUUAUAAACCAAAAGUAAAUCCAUUACCUGGAGAGCAUCCAGUACCAGGUGGAUCUUUUCCAUUGCCACCAGCUGCAGCACAACUUUGUACCAUGCUUCCUCCACCGGGAUGCUUCAGAGGACCAUUUGUAGCUGUUGAUUUACUCAUGGAUGUUUUCAAUCGAAUUCAGUUACCUGACCAUGCCCCAUUGCCGAUAGCGGAUAACGGAUGUGAUACAAAAUUGUUUGACCUAGCGAAAUCCGUACAUUGGAUAGUCGACGAAAGUAACGAUGGGGUUAGUAUUGGAUCUAAACGUAGAAGAACGCGCUUAGGUGAUGACAGCGAAGAAGAAGACUUACCACCGCCACCCGCAAAUGACAUAUAUCGCCAAAGACAACAAAAACGAGUCAAGUAAAUAAAAGAAAAUUACAUAUUCACCAGAGUUACGUAUCAUCUCCACGUAUUUUGGAGAAAUAUGAUACAUGUUAUCAUAUAUUUUUACAUUUUCUGUUUGUUCUAAAAGAAGUUUCCUAAAAGAACGAACCUAUUAUUACUGAAAAGCGUACGUUACGUAUAUAACAGCUACUAAAUUUCUUAUGUGACACUGUGCACAAUACUUUGAGUACUAUGUACUCAGAAAUCCUAUAUUUACAUUGUUGAUUUCAUCUUUGUUCAAAUGUGUUCAUUUACAUAUAAAGUGUCUAAUAUGUAUAUCAGAUAUAAGAGGAUAAAAUUGGGAACGUCCAGUAGAUUGAAAUUGAUUGUGUUGUUAGUUACAUCAUUGUAAACUACAGAUUUAGCAUAGGUAUAAGAUUGAGAUAUAAUUUUUACACCAGUGUCUAUGACAAUUUAUAUCAUACAUGAGUAAAACAUUUCUCAGAUUAUAAAAAAUGGCUGCACAACCAUUUUAGAAUGAAAAUAAUAGGCGUAACACUUAUGAUUUUAUUGGAGUAAAUCGUUUCAUUGUAUUUCGAACUACAAUAAAACUCUAUUUAUUUGAACUCGUCGAGACAAAUAGUUUGUAUAAUAGUAUUUCGCUAAUUAUGCCCAGUACCUAAUAAAUGAAUUCAGCAGGCGAAGGAUCAGUUAGUUGGGCAUUAACUUUUCAGUCAGAUAAAUGGAUUUUUACUGUAUAUAGAAAUAUUGCGUUAUUUAGAAUCGUUAUAAAAAUUGAUAGAUAAAGAAUAUGAAUCUUCUUAGUUAUAAGUUUGUUCUCAUCGUACAGUAUCGAAUCAAAUGUAUUCGAAAAAAUAGUUUCCUCAUUUCGUUUCUUAUUUCAAUAUUUGUAUUCGUUUUUAUAAAUUUUGUAUACUUUUCUAAUGAUUAACUAUUAAUGUAUUAUCUAUUAUUUUCUUUCUUAACAUUUGUUGAAAUAGAAUAUCUGCGGAAAACUAUUUAUCCGAAUACGCUUGUCCCGCUCUGUAUUGUUAAGACGAUCUGUAUAAUUUAAUGUACAGGACCAAUAAAUUGUCGAAAUUCCA